AUGCAACUUCUUGCUCGAACGGGCUUCCUGCAGAUGCAAGUAACCGUACUGACCCGCCAUCACAGUGGUCACCGUAUCCAAAGGCUCCUAUACGAAGCAGACGUCCAGCCACCGGUCUUUCUGCGGUCCGCCCGGAAUUAUCGUGUGUCCGCGGAGAAGAAUUGUUGUCCGAAACAGACAAGUCAGAUCGCAAUCGAGGCGGAGACCGGCUGCCUGUUUGUGGAAAUCCUGGAAGCUGACAGAAAGGGAAGAAAGGACGCCGCACAGGCCGACAACGAACGACAACAAUCAGACAAACUAGUUGCACUUGCCGUUGUCGUGUGUACGCUUACAUACAUGGAUAUGUCAACAAGUACCCUUACGGCAGUAAACAAAGCAGAGACGCAGGCCGUAGCGAGGAGUGUCGGUGUGCUCGUUUUCGGCUAG